CUCAGAGGAAACGUGCGGAAGGUCUGCAGCUGAAGCACUUCCUGUGUUUGAGAGGGUGGAAAGUUGUGCGUGGAAAGUUAAGCAGCUGUCACGAUGGCCGGCUGCAGCUCGGAGCGCCUGAUCCCAGAGCAGCAGUGAGCACCGAGCAUGGAGGAGCAGCAGCAGCAGCCGCAGGAGGAGGAGGAGCAGCCCGCUCUGCUCAGCGCCUCGCUGCAGGAUGGAGGAGAGGAGCCCUCCUCCUCCACCUCCACUUCCACCUCCUCAGCCUCCAACGCCGAGCUCCCCCCGGCGACCCCGCCCCCCCCCUGCCAGCAGAACAGCAGGACCUUCACAGGUCUGAGGAUCUUCUGCAGAAGGAGCGACCGAGGAGCCUUUCAGGAGUCGGCCUGAUCGCAGCGUCCGACAUGGACACGUUUUUUCGCCGUCACUUUAAGAGGAAAGACGGCGGUCUGCAGGAGGACGCAGCGUCCAAAUCCUGCCGCCAGCGGAGGCCCAGCAUCGCCGUCCCCACCAGUAAAGCCCGCCGGAGGUCCACCGUCGGCUUGCCUUCCUCCGCCCUAUCCCAGCGGCGCCGCUCCAGCGUCCAGCCGCCCUUGCUGUGUGCAGGUGGAGGGCGUCUGGCAAAGGCGGACGCACGCAGCAGGUGGGCGGGACACGCACGCAGGCGAUCCAGCACCACCACACCCAGCCUCAACCCGAGGUUUGCCGUUUGUCGGAGGAAGGUGGGGAAGCUGCGGACCAUCGACACUCACCUGCUGGGGCCGUCCAUGCUGCUGGCCAGUCUGAUCCAGAUGGCUGAGGAGGAGGAAGAGGACGGUGUGGGGGCGGGACUGCUAGCUGAAGAACAGCAGGUGGAAGUGAAAAGCGGUGCCAACAGGAGGACGUUUUCACGUGCCAGCAGCCUCCUAUCAGAUGAAGACGACAGCAGUCGUUACUCCACCACAGACGACAGCCAAUCAGAGGCCAGCCAGCUGUCAGAGGCGGAGCAGCUGGCUGAGGAGGAGGACGACGAUGCCUCCAGGUCCCCCGAUCCUCACUUCUCCCGGGCCUCCAGCCCUCCCUUGUCCUUCUCCGCCACACUGGAGGUGAUGAAAAAGACUCCCCCGGUGCCAUCGGCAUCGCGCCCGCUGAUCCGGGCGCCGCGCUGCCUCCGGAGGAACUCCUCUCAGGUGUUCGCGGUAGACUCCUCCCCCUACGGCUGCUGUCGCGUCUCCAGCCAAAGGAAGAGGAGGAGGAUCUCCACCAUCUCCAAAGCUGGGAGCCCCUGGCCGGGAAGAGGCCCGCCACUGCCCUGCCGCAAGAGUUCGGUGUACUACCUCAACCACCCGGGCUUCUACCGGGGCCCCGGGGCCCUGAGUCCGCUGGGGGCCCCCGGCUACGACUCCUGCCUGGAGAACUGGAGCACCUUCCUGCUGAAAGCCAUCUCGAAGUCAGGCGUGCAGCAUGCCGGGACUCCGGCCAACGUGCCGACGUCCGGACCGAGCGACCCGCAGCAGGAGCCCAGCAGCACCGUCGACUGGAGCGAUAACGCCCAGUACGGGGACCACAUCUGGUUUGAGACCAGCGUCUCUGGAGACUUCUGUUAUGUUGGAGAGCAGUACUGCAUCGCCAAGUCUCUGCAAAAGUCCGUAGCGAGGAAGAAAUGUGCCGGAUGUAAGAUCUCGGUGCACACCAUGUGCAUGGAGCAGCUGGAGAAGAUUAAUUUCAGGUGCAAGCCGUCAUUCAGGGAACCCGGAUCUCGAGCCAUUCGAGAGUCCAACGUUGUUCGACACCACUGGGUCCACAGGAGGCGUCAGACGGGGAAGUGUCGACAGUGUGGGAAGGGAUUUCAGCAGAAAUUUGCUUUUCACAGCAAAGAGAUCGUCGCCAUCAGCUGCUCGUGGUGCAAACAGGCGUAUCACAAUAAGGUGACGUGCUUCAUGCUGCAGCAGAUAGAGGAGUGCUGCUCUCUGGGCGCUCACGCUGCUGUCAUCAUCCCGCCCACCUGGAUCAUCAGGGUCCGCAGGCCGCAGUCGUCGCUGAAGUCGAGUAAAAAGAAGAAGAGGACGUCACUGAAGUGUAACAAGUCGAGCAAGAAGGGAGGAGAGCCCCAAGAUGGCCGCUGGAAGCCGUUCCUGGUGAAGCCCCUCCCCUCUCAGCUCAUGAAGCCUCUGCUGGUGUUUGUGAACCCAAAGAGUGGUGGGAACCAGGGAGCAAAGAUCAUCCAGUCCUUCAUGUGGUACCUGAACCCUCGGCAGGUGUUUGACCUGACGAAGGGCGGACCCAGAGAGGGGUUGGAGUUGUACGCCAAAGUGCCCAACCUGAGGAUCCUGGCCUGUGGGGGGGACGGCACAGUGGGCUGGAUCCUGUCGGUUUUGGACCAGCUGAAGCUCCGCCCUCAGCCUCCGGUGGCCAUCUUACCUCUGGGAACCGGCAACGACCUAGCGAGGACUCUCAACUGGGGAGGGGGCUACACUGAUGAACCGAUAACAAAGAUCCUCUCACAUGUUGAGGACGGCAACAUCGUCCAGCUGGACCGAUGGAACCUGAACGUGGAGGCGAACCCCGAGGCCCGACCCGAGGACAGGGACGAACAUCAGACAGACAAGCUCCCCAUCGAUGUCUUCAACAACUACUUCAGUCUGGGCUUCGACGCUCACGUCACGCUGGGCUUCCACGAAUCCAGAGAGGCAAAUCCAGAGAAGUUUAACAGCCGCUUCAGGAAUAAGAUGUUCUACGCAGGGACAGCCUUCUCAGACUUCCUGAGCGGGAGCUCCAAAGACCUCGCCAAGCACAUCAAAGUGGUGUGUGACGGGACAGACCUGACAGCCAAAGUCCAGGACCUGAAGCUACAGUGUCUGCUCUUCCUCAAUAUCCCCAGGUACUGUGCUGGCACCACACCGUGGGGGAACCCCAGUGAGCAUCAGGACUUUGAGCCUCAGCGUCACGACGACGGCUGCAUCGAGGUCAUCGGCUUCACCAUGACAUCUCUGGCCACGCUGCAGGUGGGCGGCCACGGCGAACGUCUCCACCAGUGUAAAGAAGUGACCCUCACCACCUACAAGUCCAUCCCCAUGCAGGUGGACGGCGAGCCCUGCAAGCUGGCACCAUCAGUCAUCCACAUCAGCCUGCGGAACCAAGCCAACAUGGUCCAGAAGGCCAAGAGGAGGAUUUCCAUGCCCCACCUCAAUGAUCAGCAGCCCGUUCCAGAGAAGCUGCAGAUCAGGGUGAACCGGAUCAGCAUGGCGGCGUACGAGGCUCUGCAUUACGACAAGGACCAGCUGAAGGAGGCCUCUACGCCGCUGGGAGUCAUCACCGUCCCCGGAGACAGCGAUCUGGAGACAUGCCGCCUGCUCAUCGACCGUCUGCAGGACAACCUGGAGCAGGACUGUGAUGCAAUAAAAGGGGAGUGUCUGUCCUCACAGAAGCUCUCCAUGAAGUGGUGCUUCCUCGACUGUACGACAGCGGAUCGUUUCUACAGGAUCGACCGGGCUCAGGAGCACCUGAACUACGUGACAGAGAUCUCUCAAGAGGAGCUCUACAUCCUGGACCCGGAGCUGGUCUCAAAGGAGACGGUGGGCACCUCCCCCAGCAUGCCUGACCUGGUGGACUCCGAGGAGCACAAGGACCAGCAGUUUGCCUUCCCCUGCUCGCCGUCCUCCCCCACCUCCUCAGCUGUACCCAGGCCCAGAGACCAGAGGAAGAGGAUUUCCAGCGACAGCUCAGUGGCCGAUGCUUUGUCUCAGAGUUCCUCUAAGACCAACCUCUGCAGGCGAGGAGCAAAGAUUAUCAAUGUGCAUCGCUCCAACACGGCUGCGGCUGAUUUCAGACCCAUCAUUAGACCUCCUGCUGCUACCUCACGCAACCCUGAAAAAGAUGCAGAACUGAUCAGCUGCAUCAAGAAUGAAAGCCUGGACAGGCUCAGAGAGCUCCACCAGCAGGGGGCGGACCUCCUGCUGCAGGACAAAGACGGCUGCACGCUGCUGCAUCACGCCGUGGAGGCCGGCUGCAAAGACAUCGUCAAGUACCUCAUCGACAACGUGCCCGCAUCUCACCUGGAUGUCACAGAGAAAGAGACAGGGGAGACGGCGCUCCAUAAAGCUGCCACUUCCUGUCAGAGGAGCAUCUGUAAGUACCUGGUGGAAGCUGGGGCGUCGCUCAUGAAGACAGAUCUCCAGGGUGAGACUCCCAGACAGCACGCUGCCAAGGCCGACGACCAGGAGCUGGCUGAGUAUCUGAAGAGAGAGGACCAGGAGACAACCGUUUGACCUCCCAAACAAGCUGUCUGUGUUUAGGCCUUUCAUGUAACUACUCCUGUCCCCGUCGUAUUAAUCUGCAUCCUCUGAAGAGGGACGGCCAGCUCCACAGACUGAAUGUAGACAGCAACAUAUCAGAUAGUGCUUCUUCUCUGCUGUUCGGGGGCAGGAGGGUCCAUUAAAAAAAAUGGAUCACUGUGUGUCUCUUUUAUCCAAACUGCUCCGUCUGAGCGGAGGUGAGGCUUUGCUGUGGAUAAAGGCCCGAAAAGCCUCCGCCCUGCGGCCGAGUCCAAACUAAACAACGUAAAAGCUUCUGGACACUAAAACUAGUUUUUAUUUUCAGGCCACAAAGACUCUCAGAUCUUGUUCAAACUGCAUUUUGAAUACGUCUUUAUCGACUGAACGUUAGCGCUCUGACCUCUUUGUGACUGCGAACAGUGACGGCUCUCAUCCGUCUGCAGCUGAAUGCUUUCGCCUCAUCGCAGGACGGCUGCAAACGUGUCUUCUUUAAGCUUUUAGUGACAUUAUGGAUGUAUUUGUUUACUGGAGAGAAAUAAGUGUUGGGAUAUUUAACUUAGGCACACACAGAUUUAGCUAUUUAUGAAGUCUUUGUAGAGAUUUAACACAUUUUGCUUGUGAUCAAACAGAAUUUUAGAGAUUCAGUCAACAUAUGAGCAUUUUUUUGUAAUUUGUCGUUCCAUAACUGUAAAGCUCGUGGCUGCCAGCAGGAUGCUUUUUGUGAUGUGUGUAAAUAGCUGAGGUGCCCGGUAGUCGUGUCAGUGUUGGAAACUUUAAGCUGAAGCCAGAUUCUGCCAAAGCAGUCAAACCUGUAUGAUUAAUAAUCACCUUUAGAUAGCAGUCAGGAUGAAAUGAUGCUGUAUGACAUUCAAGUAAUAACUUUGGUUUUAUCAUUUCUGAGUGACCUGCAAUAAAGCAUGUCAGCAACG